UAUCUGUUCCAGUGAAAAUGGAACAUCCUGGUGAUCUGCUACAAGAUGAUGUUAUUUCAACGUUCAGUUACAGUGAUGAUGAGGAUCAGGAUAAUUCACACUAUAAUGUUAUGAAUGUGAAAACAGAAACUGAAUUUCAAAGAGAUACUGAAUCUGAUUUAGAAAGAACAUCUGAUUUAAAGACCAGUGUGAACAUCUGUUGUGGAAGUCAGUUUACUGGUUAUGUUAUAAAACAAGAAGAUCACUUUACAGAAGAAGUAAAAUCCCUAAACAACAAUAUUAGUGGAGAAACAAAGUUAAGUGGAAAUAACCUAACAACAUUUAAUAUACAUCAGUGUGAUGAUAAACUAUACAGUUAUGGAAGAGCAUUUGAUAACCUAACACAACAAAAGAGGAUACACUAUGGAGAGAAACCAUAUCAUUGUACAGUUUGUAAAAAACAGUUUGAUAGGAAUAGUCACUUAAAAAUACAUCAUAGAAGACACACUGGGGAGAAACCUUACAGUUGUACAGUGUGUGGAAAACAGUUUGGUACAAAUAGUUGCUUAAAAAUGCAUCAAAGAAGACACAAUAAUGAGAAACCUUACAGUUGUACAGUGUGUGGAAAAGAAUUUGGAACAAAGGGGGAAUUAAAAGUACAUGAAAGAAUACAUACUGGGGAGAAACCUUACAGUUGUACAGUGUGUGAAAAACAGUUUAUAACAAACAGUGAAUUAAAAAGACAUCAAGUAAAUCACACAGGUGAGAAACCUUACAGUUGUACAGAUUGUAAAAAACAGUUUGGUACAAAUAGUGAAUUAAAAAGACAUCAAAGAAUUCAUACUGGUGAGAAACCUUAUAGUUGUACACAUUGCGAAAAACAGUUUGGUACAAAUAGUGAGUUAAAAGUGCAUGAAAGAAGACACACUGGUGAAAAACCUUACAGUUGUGUAGUUUGUGGAAAACAGUUUGGAACGAAAAGUGAAUUAAAAAGACAUCAAAUAACACACACUGGUGAGAAACCUUACAGUUGUACAGUGUGUGAAAAACAGUUUGGUACAAAAAGUGAUUUAAAAAAACAUCAAAGAAGACACACUGGAGAAAAACCUUACAGUUGUGGAAUUUGUGGAAAACAGUUUGGAACAAAAAGUGAAUUAAAAAUACAUCAAAGAAGACACACUGGGGAAAAACCUUACAAUUGUGGAGUUUGUAAAAAACAUUUUGGAACAAACUGUAAAUUAAAAACACAUCAAAGAAGACACACUGGUGAGAAGCCUUACAGUUGUACAGUUUGUGGAAAACAGUUUGUAACAAGUGGUGAUCUAAAAAGACAUUGUAAAAUACAUACUGGGGAGAAACCUUACAAUUGUACAGUGUGUGGGAGAAGGUUUGGUACAAGUGGUGAAUUAGAAACACAUCAAAGUAAACACACUGGGGAGAAGCCUUACAGUUGUACAGUAUGUGGAAGACGGUUUGUUACAAAAAGUGUCUUAAAAGCACAUCAAAGUAUACACACUGGGGAAAAAUUUUAUAGUUGUGGAGUAUGUGAAAAACAGUUUAUAACAAGCAGUUCAUUAACAAUACAUAAAAGAACACACACUGGUGAGAAACCUUACAGUUGUGGAGUUUGUGCAAAACAGUUUAGAAUACAUACUGGUGAGAAACCUUACAGUUGUACAUAUUGUGAAAAACAAUUUGGAAGAAAAAGUGACUUAAAAACACAUCAAAGAAUACAUACUGGUGAGAAACCUUACAGUUGUACAGUGUGUGGAAAACAAUUUAUAUUCAAUGCUAGCUUAAAAUAUCAUCAAAGAACACACACUGGUGAAAAACCUUACAAUUGUGGAGAGCAGUUUGGAACAAACAGUGAAUUAAAAACACAUAAAAAAAGAUGCACUGCAAAAAAACCUUACAGUUGUGGAGUUUGUGGAAAACAAUGAACUAAAAAUACAUCAAAUAAUUCACACUGGUGAGAAACCUUAUAGUUGUAAAGAGUGUAAAAAACAAUUUGUAAUAAAAGCUGCAUUAAAAAUAUGUCGAAGAAUGUACACCAGUGAUUUCAAAACCAUACAGUUGUAUACUGUGCAAAACAGUUUGUAUCAACAUGUAACAAAAACCAUUAAAUAUCACAAACUGGGUUGAAACCUUA